AACAAAGAGACAAACAACUCACAGGCUUACGUCACUGUGAGAGAGGAAUCACAGAAAGCCUUUCAACUGACAACUGCAAAGAAGAAGUUUCAUUAGAAGCAACUCAAAGCCAAAUCAGUUGACCACAAUGGUGUCUGCUGGGUUUCAAAUGCUGGGCACGGCCCUGGGGAUCGUGGGCUGGAUUGGUGCCAUCCUCGUCUGCGCCCUUCCCAUGUGGAAGGUCUCAGCCUUCAUCGGCAGCAACAUCGUCACCGCGCAGACAACCUGGGAAGGUAUCUGGAUGAAUUGUGUGAUCCAGAGCACAGGCCAGAUGCAGUGUAAGGUUUACGACUCCAUGCUUGCCCUCAGCUCAGACCUCCAGGCUGCCCGGGCGUUGACCAUCAUCUCCAUCAUUGUGGGAAUCAUGGCUAUCCUGCUCGCUGUGGCCGGCGGGAAAUGCACCAACUGUGUGGAUGAUGAAAAUUCCAAGGCCAAGGUGGGCGUUGCAUCUGGUGUUGUGUUCAUUGCAGCUGGGAUCCUCUGCCUGAUCCCUGUUUGCUGGACAGCCCAUACCAUCAUCCGUAACUUCUACAACCCCUUAUUGAUCCAAGGCCAGAAGAGAGAUGGCGUUAACAUGGCAUCUCAGGGCCUCCAAAUCAUGGGUGUGCUGCUGGCCUUUAUCGGCUGGUUCGGCACCAUCAUAACCUGCGCUCUGCCCAUGUGGAGAGUCACCGCUUUCGUUGGGGCCAACAUCGUGACCGCCCAGGUGAUCUGGGAAGGCUUGUGGAUGAACUGUGUGGUUCAGAGCACGGGCCAGAUGCAGUGUAAGGUCUACGACUCCAUGCUGGCCCUGCCUCAGGACCUGCAGGCUGCCAGGGCCAUGGUGAUAAUCUCGGUGAUCGUCGGCGUGUUCGGCGUCCUCAUGGCCGUGGUCGGAGGAAAGUGCACUAACUGCAUGGAGGAUGAGGUGUCUAAAGCCAAAGCAUGCAUCGUGGCUGGGGUGAUCUUUAUCAUAGCCGCCAUGCUGAUCAUGAUUCCAGUGUCGUGGUCAGCUCAUGCAGUGAUCAGGGACUUUUAUAACCCCCUGGUGAUCGCAGCUCAGAGGAGGGAGCUUGGAGCUGCACUGUAUAUUGGCUGGGGCUCCUCUGGGAUGCUGCUGCUCGGAGGAGGCCUGCUCUGCAACAACUGCCCCCCAAAAGACAGCAGACCUUACAUACCUGCCAAGUUUGCCCCUGCCAGGACCGUAUCCUCAAAUGUGGACUAUGUGUGA